AGGAAAACAGAGCAGAUGAGGUCCAGGAUUGACAGUAAAAUGUGCUGGAGCCGGGUCCUUGUCACCGGCUGGGCUCUGCUGCUGGUCCAGCUGCUGUGUUCAGAGGCAGUGCCCAUCAGUAUGGAUAAGACAAAAGUCCAACAGCCAGAGAUUAAAACUGAAGAGGUUCCAGCUAGUGUGGACACUGGACUCCACUACGACCGCUACCUCAGGGAAGUCAUUGAUUUUCUAGAGAAAGAUCAGCACUUCAGAGAAAAGCUCCACAACACAGACAUGGAAGACAUCAAGCAAGGUAAGCUGGCCAAGGAGCUGGACUUUGUCAGCCAUCAUGUCAGAACAAAACUGGAUGAGCUGAAGAGACAGGAGGUGAGCCGACUCCGAACUCUGAUUAAGGCCAAGCAAGACCUUGAAGGAGGGAAUGACAUCGCAGUGGAUCACCAGGCUCUGCUGAAACAGUUUGAGUACUUGAACCACAUGAACCCGCACACGUUUGAAGUGGAUGACCUGGAUCGGCUCAUCAAAUCGGCCACUAAAGAUCUGGAGAACUACGACAAAGAGCGACACGAGGAGUUCAAGAAGUAUGAAAUGAUGAAAGAGCAUGACAGGAGGGAACACCUGAAAACACUAGACGAGGACGAAAGAAAGAAAGAGGAAGAGCACUAUGAGGAGAUGAGGAAGAAGCACGCUGACCACCCGAAAGUCAACCACCCGGGUAGCCAGAAUCAACUAAAAGAGGUGUGGGAGGAAGCUGAUGGCUUGGACCCUGAGGAUUUUGACCCUAAGACCUUUUUCAACCUGCAUGACACCAAUGGAGAUGGCUUUUUUGAUGAACAGGAGCUGGAGUCAUUGUUCACCAAAGAGCUGGAAAAAAUCUACGACCCCACCAAUGAAGAGGAUGAUAUGGUGGAGAUGGAGGAAGAGAGGCUACGUAUGAGAGAGCAUGUUAUGAAUGAGGUACAGUAAGUUUCACAAAACUAUGCGUUUUGCAUAUGCACAUAAAUAGAGCCAUUCAUCUGUUAUCUAUCGCCAUCUGUAAUUCAAAUGAAGAGAGGCUACGUAUGAGAGAGCAUGUUAUGAAUGAGGUACAGUAAGUUUCACAAAACUCAGCAGGAGCAGGACCUCAACGAGAAGGCCUUUGACCUCCAGAAACAGAGAGACGAGCUGGAGAGGCAGCAGGAGCAGCUUAAUGCACAGAAAAUAGAGCUGCAGCAGGCAGUCGAGCAUAUGGAACGGCUGAAAUCACAGAAAGUAGAGCCUCCUCCAGAGGUUCAUGUUGAAGGAAAUGCUAUUCCAGAGAUGCACGCAAUCGACGACCAGUUACAUCAUGAACAAGAGGCCCAAGCACAAGGACAUCAUCAACCUGAACACCAAGUUCCUCAGUAUUCACCUCAGGAACACCAUGAACAACAACAACAGCAGCAGCAGCAAGAUCUGGCACAGCAUGGUCUCCCCCAGGCACACCAGGAUCUACCACCAGGUCACCAAGAAGCUGUACAAGAGCUGCAUAACGUGCCAUAACAAUGCUGUCAGAACUCAAACCUCCACAACCAGACUUUUGCAGCACCUCCACUCCAGCGUGCAGAGGAGCGGUUCCUUCUGAGUAUUAGGCCUCUUUAACCAGCAUGACUUAGAGGUUUGGAGGACACGAGAUGAAGGAGAGCAGCACAAAAGGAAUCCCUGCUGAAUGAAACCGGCGUUUGAUAAUAACUGUAAUCCUCUGAUUACAUAAUGGAUUUACAAUAGCAACAUGACCAACCAAGGACGUGCAUCCUACAAUAUGCAUACUUUUACAUUUUCAAGGAGUGUUGGAUUACAUUACAAAUGAUCAAGAAUAUUUGGUAAUACAAUUAUACAAAAACAAAAUUUUGGUGAGCUUUCUUGACCUGCUGUACAAAGUACAGGACCUCUGAUCAAUGACAUGCCACUAGCUCUACAACCUGAGCCUGCUGGAUAUGUACAGUGCAGCUGUUGAUGGGGGUAAGGUGUAAAAAGUAAUUUAAAUUUUAUUAUUUUGAGUUUGACUUGACUAUCAAGAAACCCCCGCAAAUUCGUAGUAGCUGCGACCAAGUACGCGCAUGCAUCCACAUGUCCCUUGUUGCCAAUCGCCAUGAACAACUGAUCCGCUGUCCUUUGAGUCAUGACAGAUCUUUCCACAAAAUUUUGGGCAGUCUAUUUGGAAGUCACACCUUUUUUGCGAUAGGCAUUUCCCAUUGCCACCCUCCCUGUGAGCCAAUUGGCAUGAAUGCAAACACACACUCCAAAAUGCAAAAUUUUAAUCUCUUCAGGCAAAAACUUGCGCCGAGAAAAGGGUGGGAACAUUUUGGAGGGAUGAGUGGGAUGUAGAGCUGCUGGCUGCAGCUAAAAAAGAUUUUAAUUUACAUGUAUGACCUGUGGUGAAAUUUCACUGGACUGUAUCAAACAUUUUAGAAAAUGAGUGCAAGAGACAUUUUUAAGAUUUUCUAUUAUUACAAUUACAACAUUAAUGGCACUAAAAGGAUUAAGAGGCACUGUAAAAAUGAUAACCAGGAUACAGCACUUGAUUCCCCAACCAGAACCAUUUCACUUCAAGGGGUAGAAGUCUUCUUGAUGCAGACACGUACAUGUCAAGUAUCAUGUAUCAUAUUCAGCCACCACUGUCACCAAAUAUUACAAUGUUUUAACCAGAAACGCCCUCCUGAAGCCAGACUGCUCUGUCUUUAUACUUCUGUCGAGACUUAACAAUACUUGUGCUACUUUCUUCCUCUGGUUGCUUUCAUAACCGGUCAGCUGUUUACCUACCAUGUAACAUCAUCGUUUCAUGUGCAUGGUCUAAGAGUUUUCUUAGAAAAUGUGUGCUCUGCCCAAACAGACAUCAGGUACAGGAACACAAACACUGGUCAUUUUUAGGUCACGCUGCAGCUGCUCUCCACUGACCUUGAUGUCAAAAUAAAUUAAGGUGCUAGGCGUAAACACCUCUUGCUUCAACAAAUAUUUCCCCUACGUCAUCACAGCCCAAAGUCCUGCAGAUGUUUACAUGAGAGAUUUAGGUCUCUGUAAGUAUGUCGGACUUGUGAAAUAAUACAUUUGUGUUGGUACACUUAACAGUAGGAUGGGCAUUUUGAUUUUGGUCGAUUGCUCACACACACAAAGUUUGAGUUGAUCUUAAUUUAUCAUGAGUUUUAAUUUGUGUAACAUUUGCUGUAGAGAACCCCUUUUUAUAAAUCAAGAUGUAGACUUUUAGUCCUGUGUCAACAAGCAUGUUUUCGCGCAAUUUCCUUCAAAGUAUUUUGUUGAAGCAACUGCUGGAUUUGGUUCGUUUAUCUUAAGAAUUGAUCAGGUUAAAGGGCAAAGUGCUGAGUGGGUAAGAGUUAAUAUUACCACUGUCUUUUUACUGUCUUGGUUAAUAUUGUCUGUUAAAGUCAAAAUGUGAUAUCAUGAAAAAUUUGCAUUAAUUUCACAUAAUUGUAUUUGGCAUCCGAUGUGUAUUACUUGCUCCUAAUUUGACUAACAUGGCAUGGCAUAUUUCCCCAUAAAUUACCAGUUUGGUGUAACUGCUGUGCUAUCCAGGUUGCUUUUUUUCCAUGUAAUGUUGUGGUUUCUUCUAGCUGGCAGACAGGUGUUGACUUAUUGCCACUUUUUACUGAAGAAGACUUCAUUCCCAUCCAGUGAGGUAACAGAUCUGCCAUAUUGUGUUUUUUUACUUAACACAGAAUCUAGAUAUGGCAUACAUAUUUUUCUUUUCAUUGCAGUGUCAUUUGUUUUCUGUGUGCCAAAUGUUUCUUUGAGGUAAAACUGCAUCAUAAUUUGCACAAAAUGUACAGAUUGUUUUCCCAAUCGCUUGCUGCUGGAUAAAAUAGUCAUUUGACAAAACUGUACACCUCAGUUCAAGAUAAUAAAACAGUUAUGACCUUUCA